AGGAGGGCGGAUUCAGAUUGCAGGCGGAGAUGGAUGAGCCAGUUUCGCAAUCAAGCUUUCUCCUGAGCUACGAAAGCAAUGUGGGUGGGGGGAGGGGGGGAACACGAGGCGUGUGUGGUCGGUCACCCCCUUUGGGACUUGUUGAUGAUUGAGUCUGCGAGUGACAAUCUCGUGGGCUUCAACUCUGAAGCGAUGAUUUCUUCGCGCAGUUAAGCUGGGUUUCGAACAGGGCGUGAAUGUUUUUGUUGUUGUUUUUUGUUGGGUUCGGCUGGUUCAUGGGACGAUGAACGCGGAAACCCAAUUUUGAUUUGGUAGGAUUCGGGUUGUAUUGUGAGCUUAGUGACAAGCAGGUGCAUUGCCGUCUUCGUGGUGCUGAGGCUGAUGAGUGGAAGCUCUGCACGGUGGCGUCCUGUUGCCGGCGGCGGUGUUCUAGAGCUUUUUGCGAUACGUCUAUAUAUAUAUAUAUAUAUAUAUACAUACAUACAUAAAGAGAAAGAAAGGUGUAUAUUGAAAUGGUAUCUUUAAAGUUGUACUAUCGAUCAUCGGAAUCUCCAUCUCUGGAUCUAGGGCAAUUUUAUGGUCGAUAUAUUAAUUUUGUCCAGUUUGUGGUCAGUGUGGCGACCCCAUUGGUCUUCGAAUGGACUCCAGCGAAGUCAUAGAAAUUUAGCAAAUGGAUCGGUUUCCCUUUCAUUCAUUUUACACAUCGAUUAUCUGUCCUGAGUUUGACGACUACUGUGGAAAAGAAUUCACAUUGAUAAAGACUUGUUACCCUGUGGAGUUGAAGGAGGAGUCAUGCCACAAUCAUGUCGCAGCAAAUCUCAAUUCAUUAUGGCUAGUCCAGUUUAUUGUUCUGUAGCUCUUGCUGAUGAGUUUCAUAUUGUAGUCGUAGAGGAGUUGGUUUAACUUCAUCGACUACGUUUCGCACCAAGGAUCCAGUUCCGGAGCUCACGGUGCCGAAGUAUGGUCGUGCAUGUAAGAUUGUUUUGUUGAUAAAGCAAGCAGAUUGUCACUUGAGAGUUCCGGUGAAAUUGGUGAGAAAUUGUUGUGGAAUAUGGGAAUGGCUUAACCGUGAUGAUCGGGGCAUUCGCGAAGAUUUCGUGUAGCAUUGAUUCCUGCAGAGCAAGUCGGUAAAGGCUGUGUCGAUGAAGGGGAAUACCGUCAAGGAUGUAAUUACUAUUUCUGAGUGUCCGCGAAGGAACAGGGAAUGAAGCUCGUCAGGAGGACCUAUAGUUAAAUUCGUUUGAGUCCUCGAGGCGAGUGCUGCACAAGAACGACACAGGUGCGGUAUUUCCUCAUCACUCAUAUCUGGAGUUGCUCUGGUUGGAAGCUCAUUACUAUCCAAUUUCCAGCUCUCUUUGCUGAGAUUGAGAAGUUAAAUAUGGAAGAUGCCUUUGUGGCUGAAGAAUGUUAAGUUUCAAGAAGUAACCAAUUGCGCACUGCCGAUAUUAUCGUGACCUUAUAAUUUUCCAUUCAACAUGCCCCUUACCAAAUCUCUCUCUCCUUGAAGAACUUCAGAUUUACGAGGAAUCGUUGUGUUGUGAAACGCGUACAAGGGUUGGGUAAUAUUACGAGGGGGUGAUAAGAUUGCCGACUGUGCGGAUAGGGACCCGAGAAGCUCGUUUUUGGCUCCCCUGAGAAGCGGCAUACUGAACUAGUCGUCGAUAAUCUGUCACCAAUUUCUGCGGAGACUUGGAAGCUAACGGCACAAACAUUUCUUUGUAGUACAAGAGGCGCAGCUCCACUUCGGUAUACAGAUCAUCGUUGUGGAACAAAGAGAUGCAGCGAAGCCUGGUGAGGCCUCGCAACAUGGAUCUCUGGGCGACGUUAUAGCGCGGAGCUUACAAUAUUAAAUUUCUUGUGAGGUUGGGGAGUUGAGGUGGUUGCGCUGCUCGCAAACCCCAUAAACGAUGGAUUCUACCAUUGAGCAAGUGCCGAGUCCUGUGAUCACCAACCCCAGUGAGUGGGAGGAGUCGUAUAAGCAUCUGCCUCAUCUCUUCUUAGGCCUCUUGGCUACAUGGAUGGUCCUAAUAUUUGUGUGGACUCUCCACACUUGGACUCAACGGCGAUGGCAGUCUAGCAAUUUGCAACGGAGCUUGACGGUUGUUCCAGUGCUCAAGGCGCUUGUCCUCAGCCUCUCCUUCGUAUUCUGGUAUUCGUGCCUGAACUUGAGCAUCUGCUCAUUCUGGGUAGCCUUUGGAGUUUUCGUGUCGCGGAUUUUCUUCGAGACUGCGUGCUUUACUGCCUUCCUUUUUAUUGCUCAUGGGUACUGCACUAUGCACGAGCAUCUUAGCGUGUCAGAGCGCCGGAACAUUGCUGGCCUUGCCUCACUUUUGUACUUGACCCUGACUGGUUACAAGGCGGCCAUUCCUCAAUUUGCCAUUUUGGUGGUGCUAAUUUAUGGAUUGCUUCUUUAUGUCAUAAUGGUACACGUUGCCCGUAACCUUUCAGCACUAAGAGAACAGCUACAGCAGAUUCAGCAGGAGGGUGUUCACAUGAUGCACAAUGCUGUUUACAUCAAGUACAUUAUGUUCAAGAGGUUUCAGCGUGCAAUGCUGGCGAUCGCAGCCGCUGAAAUUCUGAUGCAUGCACGGGAUGAUGGCAUGGCUUACGAGUAUUGGAUGCGCCUGCUUGUUCGCGAGUUGGCAGAGAUGGGUCUCUUUUCCUACAUCGGGUGGACCUUCAGAUCUAGAGAGCUGACCCCAUUUUUUACUGUGAUUCCAACUCAGCUCUCCUCUGGUCAACGCAUUUUGCCUCCAAUUUAUAGUGUGGAAAUUAAUGAAAAGCAAUUUAACAACUUGGACGAAAAAGAAUGGCACAUUGGUGUGCCAACCUCUAUCUCUAAAAAUGGAGGUACCCACAGACCAAUGUUGGUGAUAGUGCAGAACCCUGGCAUGUCUGAUUUCGCUUUCAGAGACGACUUUAUCAAGGCACCCAAGAAGCCAGAGGCCACCUUCAAUAUGUCGAAUUUUCAACAACAAGCAUUCCCCUACCUGUCGUCAGUAUCGAGCCGUAGGGGAACCGACUCGUCUUCAUCUUUGAUCGAUCACGAACGACUGCUGUUUCGACAUCGAGGUUCCGGAGAUCUUCCCUUGAGUGUGGAAUCUGGCAGCGGGAGAGACCACUCACUCCCUGGCUCUUGCGAGCGGAAUGUAAACGACAGAAGCAGAUGUGGUGAUGCUGACGACAAGAUCGUCACAGCAUUCAUAAACGAAGUUGUGGUGGAUAUGGAGGAGUUUAAGGACUGCUCAUUUCUUCCUUAUGAAAACUCUUGUGGUGAUUCCCGGACGCUGCACUCGAGAUUGACUUGAAGUCUAAGCUCUCAAGGGUUGGCUCCUCUCCAACCUAGCGUCGUUUGAUCUAUAAGUCCGAAACAAGGUCAGAAUACAUAAAUCUGUUAUUUUAAUCCGCAUGUGGUCUUCUUGCUGACCAGGAGAAUCAAACAGUUGUAACAUCUUAAUGUGUAGAGUAAUUCAGUUUUCUUAAAAGAGGUACGAGGUUCCACUACCCCGUCAUACUGAACCUCGUGCGGUAACAGCACAUGAUAAAUUAAGAUCUGUGACAAAAUGGUCGCUGGUUUUCUAAAAGUGAAGGUUCAUCAGCUUGAGAGCUGAGAAAUCUGUUCAUGGCUGUUUUGCCACUAUGAACAGUUGUAACAUAUCCAUGUUUACAAAGUAUCCAUUGGAAACAAAAGCUCAUGAGUACUUGACUGAUCAUA